AUGGACCAUUUUAUAGAACAGAAAAAAAACGUUUUAAAAAUAGUUAGUCAUGAAAGUAGUUUAUUUAAGUAUGUAGAUAUUUAUAAAAAUUGUGAAAAUGAUGUAUAUAAUAUAUAUUUGAAUAUAUAUAAUGCACACAAGAAUGUGGAUGAGCAUGCUGAAAUGAAUGACAACAUUAAACAUGGUCAAUGUUGCAGGGAAAUAUUUUAUAAUAAUAAUGAUAGUAAAUUGGUUGAAAAAAAAGUUAAAGAAAUAAUAGAAGAAAAAGAAAUAAUUGAAAAAGAAAAUGAUAAAUCCAUAAAAAAAAGUAUCGAUUUAUUAAUUUAUCCAUGUAUAUAUGAAAUUAAUAGAAACGAAAAUUAUUUUACAAGUUCUUGCUGUUCAGGUAGAACAAUCAUAUUUUGUGAAGCUGAUAAAUCAAAAAAAGAAAAUAAGAAAAAAAAUAUUCCUUAUAUUAAUUUAAAUAACAAUUUAGACACAUUAAAUGGUGUUAAUGAAUUAGAGGAAAAUUGUAAAGAUAAACAGUUUCUUUCGUAUUUAAAAAAAAAACAUAUAUUAAAAAAUUUUAUACUAUCUAAUGAGGAUGAAAAUGAAAAAAAAAAAAAUAUCGAUAUAAAUAAUUACAAAAAUUUUUCGAGCUCACAAAAGGCACCUAUUCACAGAAAAAAUGUUAAACUAUUUUAUUGUAGUCAUUCACAUCAUAACUUAGAAAUCGAUACAAAAAAAAUAAAAAAAAAAUUGUUUGAAAGUUGGAAAGAAGAUUUUUGUCAUAUAUUAAAUCAAAAAAAAUAUUUGUCUAGUCAUGAUGAAAAUUUGGAUAAAUCUAAUAAGGAAGAACCUACACAUAUUCAAAAUAAAAAUAUUAUUUAUAGUUUUAGUGAUAAUGAAAAUAUAAAUGAUAAUUUCGAAUUAAAAAGACGUAAAAAUGAAAUAAAAAAAACAAAACAAAAUAUAUACAUAAAAUUCGAACCUUUUAUUAUUCAUGUAAAAUGUAUUGAUUUAUGUAGUGCACUGAAGUUACUAAAAAUAGCUCAAGGUGCUGGGUUGAAGCAAAGUGGUAUCCUUAAUUUUAAUAAAGAUGUAACUGUUGCAAUUAGAGGAUCGAUGAGAUUAGAACAUUAUUUGGGAAAUUCGCUCGAUAUAGAUAUAAAUAAAAUAACAGAAUUAAUUGAUAUAUGUAAUAAUAAAAUGUCUAAAAAUAUUAUGCAACUUAUACAUUUUCACAAAUAUUAUAAGGAACAAAUACAUACAACCAAUGACAAAUUUUUUGAUAUUAAUUACAAGUUCAUGCAUGAUAAAGAUCUGGUGAAUGCCAAUGUAAAUACUAGUAGAGAAAAAAAAAAUAUGCAAACUAAGUCAAUCGAACUUGGUGAGGUGAAAGAUAGUUGCUUUGAAAAAAUCGAGGAUACAAAAGAGAAAAAAGAAAUAGGUGUAACAAAAAGAGAAGCAAAUACAAAAAAAAUAAAUUUUAAAAAAUAUAAUGUAGAAAUUUUAGAAAAAAUUGAAAUAAUAAAUAGAAAUAGUGAAAGUAAUACAUUGGAAUGGUCUGUUUUUCCAAAGAAAGAUGAUGUUCACAAUUUGUUUGUUUGGGGGCAUGAUAUGUUUAUGGAUAAAAAUAAAAUUUAUAUAUUUGGAGGGUUUACAAAAGGAGUUAGAAAUAAUAAAUUAAAAAUUUAUAACAUAUUAAAUAAAGAAAUCGUAAUUAAUGAUACUGAAUUACCAUCUUUGGCAUUUCAUGUUUUUUUAAAAUUAGAUGAAAAUUAUGCAUUUAUAUUUGGGGGAAGAAAAAAUCCUCAAGCAUGUUCUAACCAUGUAUGGAUUUAUAAUAUUAAAAAAAAUAGUUGGAGCUUAGCAAAAAUUAGAUAUAGCAGUAGUGAACAUAUUGAAAGAGAUGAAGUGCCUGCUCCAAGAUAUAGACAUGCGUGUGUAGUUGUAAAAAGAUAUAAAAAAAAAGAAAAUAAUUCAAGUGUUUAUAUAUUUUAUACAUAUGGGGGUAUAAACAAUUCAUGCUUAACUUUAAAUGAUAUUUGGAAAGGGAAAAUAACAAUAAAUGAAAUAAAUGAUGAAGCUUAUAUUGUAUGGAAUAAAAAAGGGGAUAAUGAUAUUCAAAAAAAUAUAAUACCAAUUAAAAACCAUUCUAUGAUUUAUAAUAAUAAAAAAAAUAUAAUUUAUAUUAUUGGAGGUAAUUAUGGAAAUGAUCUGGAAAUGGAUAAAGAAAAUUGUAAUAUCAGUUCAACAUUUGAAGUAAUAGAAGAAAAUAAUAAUAAAUCAAUAUUAUACAAUAUUGAAAAUGUAAAUUACAUAUACAUAUAUAAUAUUAAAACAGAUUUAUUUGAUUUUAUAAAAUGUGAAGGAGAUGAUAAAUAUAAUUUCCCUUUAUGUCGAUUUUCUCAUACAUGUUGUUUAAUUGACACAAAUUAUUUUGUAAUCAUUGGAGGAUUAAAUUAUUAUAGAACAUUGAAUGAUAUAUGGAUAUUUAAUAUGAAACAAAAUAAAUGGUAUUAUUUAGAUAAAUUUUAUUUCAAUAGUAUGCAUGUAAGAUCAAAGGUUGUUUGUGAAAAUUAUAAUAUAUAUAUUGUUGGUGGUGGAUGUAUUGUUUUUACUUUUGGAAGUUUUUUUGACCUGCCUGUGCAUGCAAAUUUUAGGAAAGCUAUUAUGGAUAUAGAAAAGUGUAAUUCAACUAACAUGGAUAAGGAAAUAAAAAAAAAUAUACAUAAGAACAAUGGUGUAGAAGAAAAUAAAAAUUCAUCUCUAUAUCCAAAAGAUAUUGAAAAAAUAGGAAAUUGUAACACCUCAUGUAACUCCGAUCUAUAUAUUAUAGCAAAGGAUAAAAUAUUUCUUAAGGAAAUAAAAAAUUAUUUAGAAAAUGUAAACAAUUUUGAUAAAAGCAGAAAAAUAGUUUUCUCUCAAUUUAAUAUAAAUAAUAUUAAAAAAGAAGGGUUUUAUAUACCAAUUAAGAGAAAAAUCGAGGAUAUACAAACAAAUUUUUUAGACAAAAUAUUUGUGUGUGACAAUAAGGAAAUAUUUUACAUGAACAGCAAGGUAAAAAGUGAAAAAAAAAAAAAUUUAAAAAAAAAAUUAAAGGAAUUAUUUGAACAUUUUGUAAAUAAUAAAAUAAAAAAUUAUUUAAAUGAAUCGGAUAAAAGCUUAAUUUUACGAGCUUGUAACAAAUAUGAAAUAAUAGGAGAUAUCCUAAUUUUUCAUUAUAUGCAUUUAAAACCGUUGAUAGAUUUGUGUAAUCCAUAUUUAAAGGAAAAUGAACAAGAUCAAAAAAGUAUAGGCUUAUUACUGUUGCGACGAAAAAGAGAAAAAUGGAAAAAUUUCAGAAUAAAAAAAGGGGAAAGAAAAAAAAAAUAUGUUGAUAUUUACACUAUGAUGAGAAUGUACAAAUAUAACAAUUUUUUGAAACAUGUUUAUCAUUUUUUUGUAUCUAUAAAAAAAAUUUUUAAUUAUUGCACACACAAAGAAAGGAGAAAUAAUUUAAAAGCUAAUUUAUUUGGAGAGAUAAGAAUAUAUAAAAAAAGCGUCUAUAAAUAUUUAGCAGCCAAACGAAAUAAACGAAGGAAAGUUGUUAAAAGUUUUAGUAUGUGUAUAGAAGAAGGAAUAAUAUGUAGAAACAAAUUUUUGGAUAUCCAUAAAUAUAGUAAUGUAAAAAUUAGAAUGUUUAAUAAGGGUGAAAUGUGUAGAGAAAAAAUAACAAUAAAAUCUAUUGCUAUAUAUGAAAAAAUAACAGGAAAAUUAAGAAAAAACAAAAUAUAUUUAAUGAAUGGACAUAAUUUAAAAACAAUACAUACAGAAAAUAAUGUUAUGUAUAAAUUAGAUUUAAGCAAAUGUAUGUUUUGUUCUGGUAAUGGUACUGAAAAAGAACGAAUGAAAAAUAUUUUUCUUAAAAAAAAAAAAAAUAUAUAUAAUAAUAAUCAUAACAUGGUUGAAGAUUUUCGAGAAAAUGUUGUGGAUUUAUUUUGUGGGGCAGGAUAUUUUACACUUCCUUUAUUAAAAUUUGUAGGAGAUAGUAAAAUAAAUAAUUAUUAUGCAUUUGAUAUUAAUCAUCAUUCAUUGAAUUUUUUAAAAAAAUCAAUAAAGUUAAAUAAUAUAAAAAAAACAAACUUAUAUAUAUUAAAAGAAAAUUCUUUUCAAAUGUCAAAAGAUGAUAAGAUAAUUAAAAAGUGUCAUCGAAUUUUACUGGGUUUAUUACCAAAUAGUAAAAAUGCAUGGAAAAAGGGUUUUAAUUUAAUAGAUGAUAAGGUAGGAGGUACAUUGCAUAUACAUGGAGUUGCAGAAGAAUGUUAUAAAGACGAUUUUUUUUUUGAAACAUUAAAUACUUAUGAGUAUGAGAGAUAUAAUAAAACGAUGGAAAUUGAUAAUACAAAUGUUUUAGAAUUUUUAAAGAUUGAUAAAUGGAAUCAUAAUGAAAAAGAGAACGAUGAAAAUAAUAUUAACAAAUAUGAAGUAAUAAAUAAAGAAGUAAAUUGUAAAUAUUCUGGAAGUAAUAUAUCACCUAGAUUAAAUUUUGCUCAAGAUGUUUUGCUUGAAAUUUUUAAAAUAUCUAUAGAGGACUAUAAAAUAUAUAAAACACAUUGGAAAGUUAGUAUUUCACAUGUUGAGAGAGUAAAAUCAUAUGCUCCUCGUAUUUAUCACUAUGUAGUUGAUAUUGAAUGUGUUCCCAAUUAA